AUGCUUAAGCAGGUGCCCAGGACUUCGGGCACCGGCUGUUACUACCUAAACUCAGUGUCACCUGAGGGCCAGGAGAUGUACUUGCGAUUCGAUCAAACUGCCAGACGCCCUCCCUACAGGAUGAGCAGGAUUCUCGCCCGACACCAGCUACUGACGAAAAUUCAGCAAGAAAUCGAAGCAAAGGAAGCGUGUGACUGGUUACGUGCAGCUGGAUUUCCCCAGUAUGCUCAGUUCUAUGAGGACUCCCAGUUUCCCAUUGACAUUGCUGCAGUAAAGAAAGAUCAUGAUUUUCUUGACAAGGACCUUGUAGAACCUCUUUGCAGACGACUGAACACACUGAACAAGUGCGCCUCAAUGAAACUCGAUGUGAACUUCCAAAGAAAAAAGAGUGAAGAUUCAGAUGAAGAAGACCUCUGUGCUAUCAGUAAUAAAUGGACGUUCCAAAGAACCAGCAGACGAUGGUCUCGGGUGGACGACAUUGAAGCUCUGCUUCACCGAUCAGACAGACAUGGAUCUUCUGGGGACAUUAAAAUGAAAAAUACAACAAGCAGCGAGAGCGUCCUUACAGAUCUGAGUGAACCUGAGGUCUCAUCUAUUCACAGCGAGAGCAGUGGGGGAAGUGACAACAGGAGUCAGUCCGGCAUCAGCAGCGCUGCCAGGGAGACCUGCGACUGCUCUGGCCAGCAUGAUGUAGAAAGCACGCUGCUGCAAGACUCCACUGCGUUAAACACCGCCCUGUCCCCCAAGGACAACCUGAAGAAUGAGAAACCAACACGAACCAAAGCAAAAACCUUUCUAAAACGCAUGGAGACACUAAAAGCAAAAGGUGUGCAUGGAAAACUAAAAGGCUCAGGAAGAACAGGUCCUUUAGAGAUAAGUGGACCUGUUCUCCAGUAUGAGCCGAAAUCCUUGAAAGACAUGCACUGUGUACAGAUAGUCAAUGGCGAUCUCCAAAACUUAGGACAAGACUCAGUCAAAAGAGGACUUUCCUUUUCUGCCAAAUCCAGCAGUGACAGCAGUCAGUCUGAAAACAGCAGCAGUGGGGUGAGCACACCAUGUUUGAAGGAACGCAAAUGCCAUGAAGCAAACAAGAGAGGCGGGAUGUACCUGGAGGACCUAGAUGUUCUGGCAGGAACAGCGUUACGGCAAGUGGUGGACCAAAACCGCAAAAAUGAAUUUCAUUCCCAAGAGAACUUGGUUGUGCAUAUUCCCAAGGAUCAUAAACCAGGGACCUUCCCAAAGGCACUUUCUAUUGAAAGCCUCUCACCUACAGACAAUAGUAACAGUGUGAACUGGAGGACAGGCAGCAUCUCUUUGGGAAAGCAGAACUGCUCUACUCCAAAAGAGUCCGGAUUGAUGGCUUGCUGUCCUAAAGAGAGCAGAAUUAGUAUUUAUGACAAUGUGCCAGGUUCCCACUUGUAUGCUAGUACUGGGGAUCUCCUGGACUUAGAGAAAGAUGUCCUUUUUCCUCAUUUAGAUGAUAUUUUGCAGCAUGUCAAUGGACUCCAGGAGGUGGUAGAUGACUGGUCAAAGAAUCUGUUGCCGGGUCUGCCAGUUGAUGAUGUGUCAGUCAGGGAAUCUCCACUGAUGCCUUUCCAGUCGCCCACACAGAUCACACUUGAUUUUGAAGGAAACUCUGUCUCUGAUGGCCGGACCACACCGAGUGAUAUGGAUAGAGAUGGAACAUCCCUGAAUGAAUCUGAAGCCACUGGUGUUAGGGACAGGAGAGACUCUGGGGUGGGAGCAUCACUCACAAGGCCAAGCAGGCGAUUACGAUGGCAUAGUUUCCAAAUCUCUCAUUGCCUGAGCCACUCCAUCGCAUCACUUCACAUCAGCAAUCAGUCAGCAGCCCAACUGAAUCUACUGCAAAAAUUCUCUCUGCUUCGUCUUACUGCCAUCAUGGAAAAGUACUCCAUGUCAAACAAACAUGGCUGGACCUGGUCUGUGCCAAAGUUCAUGAAGAGGAUGAAAGUCCCUGACUACAAGGACAAGAACGUCUUUGGUGUGCCUCUGAUAGUUCAUGUCCAGAGAACAGGACAACCUCUUCCCCAGAGCAUACAGCAAGCGCUACGCUACUUACGGAGCAACUGUCUAGAUCAGGUAUGA